AUGACCAUAUUCGACCCGCUCGGGCUCAUCGCUCACUUCCUUGCCGAUUUGAAGUUCUUGCUACAGGACAUCUGGCGAUCUAGUGUCACCUGGGACGAAGAAAUCGGGGACGAGGAGUACGAUAAGUGGAAGAUUUGGCUGAGCGCCUUGCCGCAGGUUGAAGAACUCCAAAUACCUACAUGCUUCUGGCCUGACUACUCCAUCAACCAAGUCGACGAAGUGCAGCUCCAUUCGUUCGUAGAUGCUGGCAAGAAUGGAAUGGCCGCCGUGUGCUAUCUACGGUUCAGGAAGAACGAAGAGAUCCAUUGUUCAAUAGUCGCAGCAAAAACUAGAGUAUCUCCGCUAAAGUUGACAUCGAUCCCUCGACUGGAAUUACAAGCGGCGAUAAUUGGAACACGACUCUCUAAAACCGUGUGUGAUACACUGCCGAUCCGCAAUGUGAAGAAGUUCUACUGGUCAGACUCCCGAGAUGUUCUAUGCUGGAUAAACUCCGACCACCGACGCGUCGACAGCCAGUUCGUUGGAUUCCGCGUCACCGAGAUUCUCGAAUCCACCGAAGCUCACGAAUGGCGAUACGUACCUAGCAAGCUGAACGUAGCCGACGACGGUACCAAAUGGAAAGAAAGUUCCGACCUGUCCGCAGGAAACAGAUGGUUCCGAGGUCCUAGCUUUCUCAAAGAAAAUGAGGAAGCUUGGCCGCAAUCUUUUACCCGCGGCAAACCAACAGACACCGAACUGCUGCAAAAUCUGCAAGUUCAUUACACUCCUCCAGAACCAGUCAUUCGUGUACAAAACUUUUCAAGCUGGAAGAGACUGCAACGCGUUUUGGCGCUGGUGCAACGGUUCAUAAAGAAUUGUCGCCUGAAGAUGGAACAGAAGCCUAUCGAAGUAGGACCUCUGAACGCAGCCGAACUCCGUACAGUCGAAGCGCAUCUAAUCCGUAUAGCGCAGCAGGAAGGCUUCCCGGAAGAACUACGUACUCUACGAAACGCAGCUCAACAUCCGGAAAAAACUACGAAGCUUCUUCCCGAAUCCAGUCCGCUGUACAAGCUUCUUCCGUGGAUCGAUGACCUUGGCAUAAUGCGUAUGAAGACCCGUAUCGCAGCGUGCCAAUAUGCCACCGACGACGCUAAGAAUCCCAUCAUCCUUCCAAGAUAUCACCACAUUACCACACUAAUAAUUCACCACUACCACAACCGAUACCAUCACCAAAAUCACGAGACAGUGAUAAACGAAAUACGCCAAAAGUAUCAAAUCUCUCGCUUACGUUCAUGCUACAGUCAAGUUCGCCGUGAUUGUCAACGGUGCAAGAAUGAUCAUUCAGUACCAAACACUCCGAUUAUGGCUAACCUACCACCCGGUCGCCUAGCAGCGUUUUGUCUACCGUUUACUCACGUGGGCAUCGACUACUUUGGGCCCAUUGAAGUUGCUGUAGGAAGAAGGCGCGAGAAGCGCUGGGGAAUGUUGGCAACGUGCUUGACCGUUCGUGCAGUACAUAUCGAGCUUGUCAAUUCCCUUAGCACCGAUUCUUGUAUAAUGGCUAUCCGUAACUUCAUCGCUCGUCGUGGUCAACCCCGGAAGAUCUACAGCGACCGUGGCACCAACUUCGUCGGCGCCAAUGCAGAGUUGAAGAAGCUAUUGACAAUUAUCAAUCAUGAUGCCAUGAUGAGGGAGUUCACGACCACAGAGACCGAGUGGGUAUUUAACCCACCGUUGGCACCACACAUGGGCGGUAGUUGGGAGCGGCUUAUACGAACCGUCAAAGGUAAUCUGAUGGCUGUUUGCACCACCAAAACCCUCUCGGAUGAAGUGUUACGAAAUCUACUGAUUGAGAUCGAGAGCGUCGUCAACUCUCGGCCCUUAACACACGUUCCAGUAGAUGACGAUUCUGGUCCAGCGCUAACUCCAAAUCAUUUUCUGGUUGGCUCAUCCAAUGGUUCGAAACCUUUAAUCAGCAUCGACGACACCGGCAUCGCCCUCAGGCAGAACAUGUGUACUUCGCAAAUUCUGGCGAACUGCUACUGGAAACGCUGGCUAACAGACUAUCUUCCGGAGAUUACCCGCCGGUCCAAGUGGUUCCAUUACCGCGUAACUGUUGGCCGAAAGGUAGAGUCAUCGCUACGACUACUAGCCGAGACGGGCAAACGCGAUCAGCGACAGUGCAGACAUCCGUCGGAGUAUACGAGCGCCCCGUUGUGA